CGAAUUAAUGGUAAACUGUAACUAUGUCCGUCUCGAGUAAGAUUAAUGUUAUCCUAUUGAUACUCUUAGUCAAAUUUGUUACUACCAAUUCAUCUUCGUAUUCAGCUUGUACAAAACGGCUAGAAAUAUUAUUUAGACAUUGUUUGCUUUCCGCUUUAAUUUCAAAGCGUUGUCUUGGUCUGAACGAAAAGGUCAUUUCAUCUUCUUAUAGUGGCAUUGAAGAAUUGAAGAAACUUUGUAAUUCAUGUAGAGGCUGUGAAGUUUCAUUUAUGAGUUGUUCAGUUAAUAAACUGGACUCUAUUGACAACAGAGAAUGUUCACAAGCUAAAAUGUAUUCAAAUACGUUUCGUAGAAAACUUGCAGCCAAAUAAAUAUAUAAUUCGAUAUAUAAAUAUUAUGAAUUCGGUGUUUCAUUUUUGCAAAUCAAACCGAAAUGUAUGAAGAAUAAAUUGAUAUAUCUAUA